AUGUCCCACGAGCAAUCCCACGACAACCCCCUGUCCACUACCACCGUCGCUUCAGAUCUCGCCGAGAUCUCUAGCCUGCGCGAGCAGAUCUUCGCCAACGCCAGAGCCCUCUUCUCCGACAGGGCCAACAUGGAGAUCAUUGUCACCACCGCUGAGUGGCCCGAGAGCGGCUACUACGGAGCUCGUCUAGUUGACAUGAGCACCCACGUUCUGCUUCUCGGCAGACUCUACGCCCCUUCCGUCCCUGAAGCCCUCGGCCAGCUUCUUCAGGCCACCUGCGAUGGCAUUCGCGACGCCUUCGUCCUCUCGCAUUACCGCUCCAUGUGA